GGCUGAGUUGCGACUGCUUUAUCUGGACUCCUUGCCACAUAUCCAUCUGCUUUUCCUACCUCUCCCAACCAUUCUGUAUAUCUAUCUUCCACGUGCGGCUGGAAACAAUUUUUGUCCCCCUUUUCCGCACGUGCCCUCAAAGGAGGGGUAACAAGAUAUCGCGGGGCGCUGCUUCGACUGACAACCACGGGCUCGACCGUCCAUAAGGCGACCUCACUCAUAGCAACGGUGCACAAUUUCGCAGACGGCUACUCUCUCCUGAGGCAUUCGCUUCAGUAUGCCCUCUGCAUUGAGGCUCAAGUCAUUCAUUGACCGCAUAGGCAAGUCCAACGAAACAUCCAGAAACGGCGGGCCCGACCCGGCGGAGUUGAGUCAGCAAGCGCGAACACUUCAAGCUCAAGACAAGCGUCAUACCUUACCGCAAAGUGAAUCUUUUUCUUAGCACUGCACUCUACAACCACAACACUGCUUCCACAAUAGCGACCUCCACCAGAUCUUCCAUAGCAAUACCACAACAACACAACCAUGGCCGACCAACAAUCCCUCAACCAACUCCUCCAAUGGGGCAUCGAAAACUCCUCCGCCUCACAAUCCGACCCUUCCACAGCCAGCCACCCAAAAUCCGACCUCAACCCCAAACUCCUCUCCGAACUCCUCGGCGGACCCUCAGACGCCGACCUCAUGCGAAUGGCCAUGACUUCCAUCCUCGACGCCGAAACACCCCUCGAUCAAAAACUCAUCGCGUGGGAAAAUUUGGAACUCUUGAUCGAGCAGAUUGAUAACGCGAAUAAUAUGGAGCCGUUGGGAUUGUGGCCGCCUCUCAUCAAACAGCUGGAUAAUGACGAGGCGGAGAUGAGAAGGAGUGCGGCGGGAUGUGUGGCUGCGGCGGUACAGAAUAAUGUUAAAAGUCAGGAGAUCGCGCUGGGACAUGAUGGGCUGGUGGAUGGACUUGUGAAGUUGGCGACGGAGGAUUCAACACAAGCGGUGAGGAAAAAGGCGAUCAGUGCGUUGAGCGGAUUGGUUCGGAAUUUCCAACGAGGGCUGGAUGAAGUGGAGACAAAACUCCCACAGGAUGUCUGGCAACGAAGCAAAACGGGACUAGAUGCCAGCGACAUGGAGCAAGUGGAUACACUCAUCGGACGGCUGAGGGAGAGAAGUGCUGCGAGGGCAUGA